UUUAUCUCAUUUGCGUGCCAACGCGACCGCGAGUUCGUUGGUUGCCGUUCUAAAUUCUACGUUUAAAGAUGAAGUUUGCACUAAGUUUCCUUGUGGUUUUCGCUGCAAUCUGCGUUGGAGUGCAGUUUUGCGAUGCCUCGACGACUGCGGAUAUCGUUUAUCUGGCAUAUCAUCGUCGCCAGCCAAGGCUGUUUGAGCUAUUGAGGAAGUAUCUAAUCUGGCCUCCGGAUAUUAUCUUGGCGGAUCUGAAAACUUACUCUCCGGCAGAGAAGUUCUCCCCAUUCAUAGUUGGGGGUGAUCCAACGACGAUCGACGCCUUUCCAUACCAACUUUCGUUGCGUUACGCUGGAAAUCACAUUUGUGGUGCAUCGAUCAUAUCGAACAAGUGGGCUGUGUCCGCAGCUCACUGCUUGGAUGAAGGAUUCUCACCAGCCUGGAUAACGCUUCGCGGAGGAAGUCCCCACCGUAUAGAGGGAGGGUACGUAUUCCACGUUGUUGAGUACAUUAUUCACGAAAAGUACGAAAAGGAAACCUUCAACUACGAUGUGACCGUUUUACGAAUCUCGGAGAAUUUCUUGAUCGACUUCCUGGCGCCCAUCAAGCUGGUGGACAACACCAUAACAACCGGUUGUCCCGACCAGCUGGCGACCGUAAUUGGCUGGGGAACGGCAGAGGACAGCUACGUCCCGUUGAUUCUUCAAGAGCUCCAAGUUCUGAUUCAGCCGAGGAAAGUUUGCGAAGCUGUUUGGAUCGAGCAGAUAACGGAUACCAUGAUAUGUGCCGGUGGCGUGGUUGGCGAGGACACGUGCAACGGAGAUAGCGGCGGCCCGUUGAUCUGCAACGGAUACCAGGUGGGAAUUGUGUCCUGGGGCUCGCGAAAGUGUGCCAUCGAAAUGCCGGCGGUUUUCACCGAUGUUGCGAACGUGGAGAUUCGUGACUUUAUCCGGAAUAAAACUGGAGUUUAGAGGCGAUUGAAAGACUAUGAUGUGAA